AUGGGUUCACACAUGGAUGACGUGCGUCCACUUGACGCAGCGCAAUUAACAUACGCCUAUACGACUACCCCAAGAGAGGUACCCGAUGUCGAAACCCUUGCCAGUAACAAAAAGACGAUUUGUACCGACCACAUGAUUGUGGCGUCUUGGAAUGUUGAGAGUGGCUGGUCUGUUCCAGAGCUCAAGCCUUACGGUCCUUUCAGCCUCCUUCCCAGCGCAUCCUGCCUCCACUACGCCUACGAAUGUUUCGAAGGACUCAAAGCUUACCGUGGCUAUGAUGGCAAGCUCCGAAUGUUCCGAACCGACCGCAAUGCCCGCCGCCUUUUGAUGUCUGCCGAGCGGAUUUCCCUUCCUCAAUUCGACCCGGACGAAUUGGAAAAGCUGAUAUUUGCAUUGCUUUCAGUGGAUAGUGCCAAGUGGCUUCCCAAGAGUCGCGCAGGAGACUUUUUAUAUGUCCGCCCAACCAUUAUCGGCACAGACUCCCAGCUUGGCGUUACACGGCCAACGGAGGCUCUGUUGUAUAUUAUUGUCGGCUACAUGGCUCGCAUGGAUACACCGACGGGCGGCAAACGAUUAUUGACGAACCCUGACGACACGGUACGCUCCUGGGUUGGCGGAUUCGGGUAUGCCAAAGUCGGUGCCAACUAUGGACCGUCGGUUCUGGUUUCCCAGGAGGCCAGCCGUCAAGGCUACCACCAAAUUCUGUGGUUGUAUGGCCCUGAAGGCGAUUGUACUGAGGCUGGUGGGAGCAACUUCUUUGUGAUCUGGAAACGCGAGGACGGCAAGAAGGAGCUCAUCACAGCUCCAUUGGAUGAUCAGUUGAUUUUGAAUGGAGUCACUCGCCGAAGUUGCCUUGACUUGGCGAGAGAACGGUUGAAGGAUGAGCUUGAAGUUACCGAGCGCAAGUUCACUAUUGGUGAAAUCCAGAAGGCAGCUACGGAAGGCCGACUCUUGGAGUCCUUUGCUGCUGGUACAGCUUGGUUCAUUACCCCUAUCGCUCUGAUUCACCACCGCGGAAAAGACAUCAAUAUCCCAACUGGCCCUCAUGGCACACCUGCCGAAAUUACAGGGAAAAUCAAGGGCUGGCUGGGCGAUAUGAUGUAUGGGCGCGUGGAGCAUGAUUGGGUCCGAGUGGUACCCGAGAAGGAGCUAAGGGUUUAG